GAUCCAAUCCAUCAUUCUAUUCAUCUCGCCGGCUACGGAGGGAGUGGCGUCUCUUCCAAGUUACGCAGCCCAUCACCCCAUCAAGUCAAACCGCAAGGAAGUAUUAAUUAUAGAAGCUUCUUUGACGUGCACAGGUAUCUCGUUAUCAAAAAAAAAAAAAAAACGCCUCUAAUCGAAGUCUUAUUCAGACAGAGAUGAAAGGAAAGAUGAGAGCUCCUUAUAUAUAUAUAUUCUUCGCAAACCAUUUUGAACUCAGGAAUUUCUUGAGAUUCAUAUGAUAUAGCCAAGCUAUGUUCUGUGGGACUGGAAGCUUCAAGCGCAUCGACGAGGACCCAUGGCUACCAACUUCAGCUCCGGGGUCGCCAAAGGGAUCUAAGAGGAAGGCCAACAAGAAUCCAUACUCGACAAGGGGGCUCGACAAGUUCUCGACCGUGCUCGCCGAGCUCGAGGCCAGGAGGGAGAAGAUCAUGGCAAAAGCAGGUACGCAGGGCGUCUCGAUGGUGCGCUUCAUGUAUUCGAAUUCACAAGACUGGAUCCCAAUCAUUGUGAAGCUAAGAGAAGAUGCGAAGGAAGAGAAGAGAAAGCCCCAGAACAAUUCAGACGUCGUCAAGGAGUCGGCUCCUCUGAUUGGAUCUGUCGACGCUAAGGAAGUUGCGAAGGCGGUGGAAUCGAUAUCGGAGAGGGAGACGAAGAAGUACUUCUCUUGGGGUGUUAAGGAGGGUGAGGUUGUGCCUUGGAGGUCGAGGCCUAGUUUUUAUUGGCCUCUGGUGAUCGUGUUGCUAUUGAUUUGCUUGGUGAUGUUUGGAAGGGUGUUUGCCAUAUGUUGCACUGCUAUAGUGUGGUAUCUGCUACCCACCAUUGAGGGAGGAAGUGGGAAUGCGAGGAGAUCUAUGAAGAAGAAAGACUAUGGGAGGAGGCCAACUGAUAAGAGAUUGGGUAGUAGUUUGGGGGUGGCACCUUCUUCUCAGGCCAAGAAGGUCGGGGGUGUGCAGGAGAUAUCAUCACCUAGAGUCCAUGGAAAUGGGAAGAGAGGGUGAGCUGGAUCAAUCUCCAAGCUCCACUAGUUUUUCUUUCUUUUUUUUAAUGGGGUUUUAUUUACCUUUUGGAGUUCAAUCUCCGGUUCAACAAU